AUGUCCCUUGUAAAGUUGCUGCGGACACCCAGGAAGUUUUUCCAGAAGGCCGUCAUUGCGUUUCUUCUCAUCCGAAGGCAUGACCUGGGACUCGCCGAAGAUUUAAUUCGUUACAUGGCUGUAAAGCCGACAGCUUCUAUAUCGACCCUGCGACAUAAAGUGUGGCAUCUGCUGGACUUGCCAGACUACUGCGAAGAAGUCAUCGUACUAAAAAACAAUGAAAACGUCGAAAUACCACUCACGGAGCUCUGCAAAGGCAACGAACCCCACAAGCCGUUCAUAUUGGAGGUGUGGUUACCGGGAAAACGUAUGCAAUCAACUACAACGAUCCACAAUCACAUGCUGACGAUGGGACGAGAGGACGACGUCGCUACUCUGGACAACAUAACUCCGUUGUCUGAAUGCUCGUCUGAUGACAAACGGGAGAAAAGGAAAACUCACGAUACCAACUCAACAUUGUCCGAAGACACAUUGGGGCAAGGCAGACUGCAUACAAUGGAGAAUAAAUUACCGCCAAAUUUUAUUCUCAAGGAUUUCCACAAUUCUACUCUCUCGAGUCGGAUCUCUAACACUUCCUUGAUCUUCAGGCUGAACGGAAAGAAAAGCAAGGAUAACUUCGCUAAUAUUCUUUUGAAAAUUCAAAGUGAUUUAACAACGUUGAGUAAAAAAUUAUCUAAUUUGGAAAAUAGAAUCCCUGCGUAAAUACAAUUUUUAUGAAUGCUAAUAAAACAUUUUAAAUACAUAAGCGAU